GGGCCGCGCCCCGGCCAAAGAUAAGUAGCGGCGGCGGCGGGCGGUUCCCGGGUUGCUGGUUGCUGGCGCGGCGCCCGGCUCGGCAUGGAGAGCGCUCGGGACUACGCCGGCGCCCUGGUGCGAUCUCUGGUAUCAAUGGGAACAUCUGUGGGGUCGGUGACACGACAGACCCUAUUCCCUCCUCUCUUACCUGCAGCCCGACCUUUCCGUGUAUCAAAUCAUGACCGCAGCAGUCGGAAAGGAGUUGUUGCAAGCAGCCUGCAGGAGUUUAUUAGCAAGGCCCUAGAUGCCUUGCUGAUUACUGCUGGACUGAUUACUCUAGUUUUGGAGGAAGAUGGCACAGUUGUGGAUACUGAAGAGUUCUUUCAAUCUCUGGGAGAUAAUACACACUUCCUCCUUCUAGAAAAAGGACAGAAAUGGACACAAGGAGAAAAUAUCACCGCUGUACAGCAGACUAAGAAAAUGGGGGUAGCCAACAUUACUCUGGACUUGUACAAGCUGAAUCCAAAGGAUUUUAUUGGCUGUCUAAACAUUAGAGCUACUUUCUAUGAAAUCUACUCUGUGUCAUAUGACAUCAAAUGUAUGGGAGCAAAGACUGUGCUGCGGAGAAUGCUUCGAUUUAUGUCCCAUGUGGCACAAAUAACUGGGCAGUUUCUUCUCUACACUGGAUCUUAUGUGUUGCAGCUGAUGGGUGAAGAUGAGGAAGAUGGCAUGUGUACAAACUCAAAGCACUAACAAGCAGUCUCACUUCUAAUAUCAGUUGCACCUUUUCACACCAAACAUUCUCCUGUACAAUUCUAAAGAUGGCUUCAUGGUCUUAAAUUAAAGUAGAUGAGAGGUUCACUUUAAUGGACAAACAUGAAUCUAACCUUUUGUCCUUUGGCACACUUGCAGAUCUUGUGCUUGGAAGAUAAUGAUGUGACAAUUGUAAAUAUGAUCGGAGUCUUUAGUCUUUUUAAUGCAGUGAAUGGAAAGAGGUCUAAUGUCUGGGGAUUGGACAGAAGUUCCUCCCCCACUACACAGAUAUCCAAAAUGAAGAAAAGGUAUACAUGGAAGCAUGAAAUCUUUCUCUACCAAGUGGUAGAUUUCCCCUGCAUGGAUCAAGACUUAAUUGUCUUGUGAGUAAACAACCAUGUUGCACCUUCUGAAUGAAUUCUGUGGCUUUUAGUUUCUUUUAUGUCCUCAGUACUGUUCAUAUUAGUGUUCACUCCCUUGGUACUCAAAUCCCCAGCUGAAUUGUAUCUGUUUCACUCUGUAUCAAUGUAAAUAAAUAACUUCAUUUUUUUCAGUACCAUAGGAUCUGGUGCAGUGAACUCUUUAAACUAAUUUAGUUUAAUUAGACAGGUAGUGGAAAUAAAGCUGCCCUUACCUUUUUUUUAAGUCUGGCAUGCAAAUUUUUGCAUUACAGUGCUAAUAUGUAUAAGCAUUGCCCUGUAAGCAUACUGAAACUAUACCAAUGUAGGUACAGCCCUAUAGGUUGAUGCACUAACUGUAGUGGCUUCUAAAAUGUGAGUUAAUGCAGCACAAACUGUAGAUUUACAUCUUGAUCACUUACCUAACUUGCAUUUCUUAGCUCAGUAUUUACAAUUCCCGGUCCUGCAUUGAAUAAACUGGUUUAGUGUCA